AUGUUACCACUCAUGCUUCUUGGCGCCCUGGCGCCAAGUGUUCAAGCCGUUGCCCUGACCAAGGGUAACACGACCUUUGAGCAACAGUGCGCCUCUUUUGCAACUUCUCUACGUAUCAACGGGGCCAACUCCACCGCCUCCGAGUACGUCCCAGCAGGAACCACCUUGCAGUUCCCGAACGCGGAUCCCACUUGCAGUCGUCCCUCUCAGAAUGUCACGGCCAACAUCUGCCGUGUCACCGCGCGCAUCGCUACCUCGCCUCGCUCUGGUCUCAAGUUCGAAGCUUGGCUGCCCGAGAACUGGACCGGCCGCUUCCUCAGCACCGGCAACGGCGCCCUCGGUGGCUGCGUUCAGUACGAGGAUCUCGCGUAUGCGUCUUCCCUUGGCUUCGCUUCCGUGGCCACCAACAACGGCCACGAUGGCAUGAGCGGACUCCCGUUCCUGAACAACGAGGAUGUGAUCGAGGACUUCGUGUACCGCGCCCUGACGACUGGUGUCGUCGUCGGCAAGGACGUUACCAAGUCGUUCUACAAUAAGCCCCAUACGAAGAGCUACUAUCUCGGCUGUUCUACUGGAGGCCGUCAGGGCUUCAAGCAGGCUCAGGCUUUCCCCGAGAACUUUGACGGCAUCGUCGCCGGAGCGCCGGCCUUCUCCUUCAACAAUCUCACCUCCUGGAGUUGCCACUUCCUUCCCCUCACCGGCCAGCAGGGCGCGGACACCUUCAUUCCCAUGACCAUGUGGCCGACUAUCCACGAUGAUAUCCUGGCCCAGUGCGACGAGCUGGACGGCGUCAAGGACGGCUUCCUCGAGUCCCCCGACCUCUGCGACUACAAGCCUGAAAGCCUCCUCUGCGGCGUCAACAGCAACCAGACAGACGCCUGCCUCACCCAGAAGCAGGUUGAGACCCUCCGUGGCAUCUACGCGCCCCUGAUCGACGCCUCUGGCGACCUCGUCUACCCGCGCAUGCAACCCGGCGCCGAGCUCAGCGGCGCACCGCAGACCUACUUCAACGGACAGCCCUUUGGUGCCUCUGACUGGUUCAAGUACGCGAUCCUGAACGAUUCGACCUGGGACCCGGCCACGAUUACUCCCGAGGACUAUGUGCGCUCAUCGAGCCUGAACCUCUUCAACGUCGAGACCUGGGACGGCGACCUGUCCCCUUUCCAGAACCGCGGUGGAAAGCUCCUGCACUACCACGGCCUCAUCGACGGCACGAUCUCCAGCGAUAACUCGCCCAGGUACUACGAGCACGUGUCUCAGACGAUGGGUCUGGCCCCAGCCGAGCUGGAUGAGUUUUACCGUCUGUUCCGUAUUUCCGGCCUUGCUCACUGCAGUGGUGGCACCGGAGCUGCGUUCAUCGGUAACCAGGCCAAGAACAUGGCGAGCCUUGACCCUGAGGAGAACGUCCUCAUGGCUAUGGUCCGCUGGGUCGAGGAAGGUGUUGCCCCUGAGACUGUUACCGGCACCGCUUUUGUGAACAACACGGUGAGCGCUGGCGUCGACUACAAGCGUCGCCACUGCCGCUGGCCGACACGUAAUGUCUUUAAGGGAACUGGGGACUACAAGGAUGAGAACAACUGGGAAUGUGUGCCGAUCUAA